AUAACAAAAACUAUACUCUUUAGCGUGUGCAGUGAAAAGAAAGUUUUGGUAUUAUAAAUCGAGUGACAAAAAUGAAUUCUGAAGUAUCUGAACGCCUUGAUCAAUUUCAAUACUUCCAAAGAUUAAACGAAAGAAUGUCUUCAAAUGCGCUGCCGUUUAUAGACGCGCUGAUUCACGUUGAAAGUGGUAUUGGUAAAACGCAAAAAGAAGGUUUGAAAAAUAUUUACUAUGCUGGGAGUGCCAGGGAAGGAGCAAUGUUGUCUCGAUUAUUUGGCCCAAGUGAAUAUGAAAACCAGAGAAAUAACAAAGAGUUAGAAGUAGAUAUGGAAUACAGUCUACUUGAAAUUCCCCUUUCACAUAAACAGAAUAUUGAGAAUAUCCACGAUAAGAAAGGGCACGUGAGGAUCAAGUGUACGGAAGAUGAACUAAAGAUUUUUUUGGCUCCCACAAAUUGAGAGUUGAUUUCAUGGAAUAUAAAGACAUCCUGAAGAGCUUGCUCGUUGAUGGAUAUGUCAGAACACACUGGGUAAAAGAAGUCGCCAAAGAAAAGGUCAGAGUAAGAAAUGAUGAUCAUGCUAUGGAACUGGUACUGGCUUUUAUUUUAGAUGUCGGAUUAGAUAGUGUUUCCCUUUCAGCUCCAAAAGAUAAAAUUACAAAAUCAUCAGUUGAAACACAGUUAUGCAUUUAUGUUGAUCAAUAUUUUAAGUUUAGUCUGUCCUGGGAUGCUGUUCUUGUUAUAAAAUUGACAUGAUGGCCAGAAGUUGCUAAAGAAUGGGUUACAAGGAAAAGGAAUUGGCCAGACCGUGCAACAGUCAAAAAAUUAACACGUGUUGGAUACAUUAUUACGAUACCUUCAGAUGACAACAGGUUUAAUAUUGAAACUACAGAGUUAAGAUAUUCUUUCGCUAAUGUGGAAAGAAAAUUGGUAAACAUGAGAUCGGAUCAUCAGAAUUUCAUUUAUCUUCUUUUUAAGUCAAUGAUUUACAAGCACUUGAAACCUCUUGAUAAAGAGGAUACACAUUCGUUUAUUGGAAAAACCGUCAUGUUUUGGACAUGUGAAGAACAUGAAAUGGAUGAUCCUAUUUGGAACAGUGACCACCACUCAACCAUUUGCACAGUUACAUAAUUAUUUAAAAAACUUUUAAAAUACAUUGAAGAAGAUGAUCAUCUACCUUACUAUUUCAUUCCAAGUAUAAAUGUGAUCGAAAAGAUGACGGAUAGUUUAAAACGAAACGUUGUGUCCAAGAUAAAAUUGAUUUUAUCAGAUGUAUGUUGGUAUGUGCCAGAUAACAUUGAGGAAGUAAUAGAAGCGAGUGAAGAGAUGGUGAAGAUGGUGCAGUCAGCCAGCGAAUUGAUGACAGCGAUUAGGAAAAACAAUUUUUUAAUUUUUUUAAGGCGACCAGAUUUGGUUGGUCAAGCUAUGAAUGUUUAUGGCGAGAAGGUAUGUGCUGUAAUAAAGCAAAAUAUGCCAAAAAAUAUUGUACCUGAAGAACUAGAACUAGAUUGAGAGUCCUUACGUGCUAUCUCAAUCAAAAAACGUUUUUAGUGAAAUGUUAUUUAUGAUUACUGGAAAUUGUUCAGUCUCAUGCUUAGUAAAGUAAGAAAGGAACAACUUUGUACGUUUAUCACCGGUUUUUAUAGCAAUAUUGUUAAUCGCAGUAAAUAUAUCGGGUUAUUAAUUACUACUUAUUGUAAUUACGGUCAAAGAAUUUGUAAACUGUAAAACCUACCUUCUUUGAUAAAUUUCACAAGUACAAAAAGUAUUUAAACCCAUUUUACUAAUGACAUUCUAGUAAUGAUGAAACAAGCUUACGCUCGUCCUUUAACCCGUUUAUACCUGAGCUUUUUUUAUCCCUUGUGACCCUGGGGGAGGGGGUAAAGUGGGGCAGAAAGCGCCCACGGGGAAUUAAUCUUGAACCACUUAUGCCUAAGUGAUGAAACUUGGCACAGUUGUAGAAUGUCUUAGUACAAACUCGUUUCAAGUAAAUAAAAUAAUUUGAUGACGUCAUAGGGAUAAAAAAUGGCUUCGUAUAUAAUUUUCUGGUCCUGAUAAUACAAAAAUUCUGGUCUGCAUUAUAUUCACUUUUGUCUUAUGUAUCCUUGGUAACACAAAAACAUUCAUUAGGAUAUAUAGAACAAUUUUAGAAACAAAACAAAAACCUGUUUUGACUUGCUGAAAAAAGAAUUCUGAAAAAAAAAUCUUUGUUCAAAAAUGGCGGGAAAUUCCAGGCAAUUUAAUUUUUUUCACUCAAAUUCUUUUUUUGUUUGAAUCUGUAAGAAAAUUUGGUUAGAAAAAGUCGCGAAAUAUCAACAUUUAAUGUUUUCCCCAAAAAUAGAUUUACCCGAUAACCGCGUGCAAAAAAAAUAAGUAAUUAGUAAAGGUAUAUUGCAGAAUACUUUAAAAGAUAAAUAAAAAAAUCUUAGUUCGGACAGGCUUAUAUUCGAAAUACAGUGUUUUUUUAAGUAGCCGGUGUGUUGAACCCCCUUCUCUUAUUUAUCGCAACAUUUUUUCCAUUAUUUCCUCUUAACUAAUUUCACUUCCUGAUAUUUUUACUAACAAUUUGAAACUAGAUCUACAUUAAUUAUGGUAGUGAAAAAAUAUUUAUAAUACUAGUCGUUCGCACUUGGAAAAAUCCACGGGUUUGCCCGUCUUUUUUAUACCGCACUGCGUGCGUUUCGCUACUCUCGCAGCUAAGCUACCAUUUUGCGUGACAGACGAACAUUAUAAUAUAGAUGCACCAGGCUUCAAAUCAAAUUUUGAACUCAUUUGUUGCAGCUUUUUCGUUUGCUACGCAAUAUUUCGUUCAUAACAAGGAUAUACGUUUCUUAGAAAAUUUGU